AUGACGAAAAGAAAGGCCCUCCAGGCCUCUAAUAAACCGGCCCUCCCGUCAGCGCUUUCCACUCCGUGGACUUUCCUUCGUCCCACCAGCGACCUUCAUAACCUUGUUGCAGACUCUGCAAAACGGAUCCUGGACCCGCUUGCUGCAUCUGUCGUUGAGGAGCAAUCCGCCCGCCGACAAGCCAACAAGAAGCGGAAGAGAUCCGAGGCCGGUUUGGAUAUCGCAAAUCCGCCCCUGCAGUUGAAAAACCUCUACGUGGACGGAUUUACCUCCAACCAAAUAUGGGAACAGGCGAUCAGGAUCCUCGAGUCCGCUGGCAGUGAGGUCCAGCGCGAUGUUGCUCUACUCGCGGAACACGGUGGGUAUCUGUCAUCGGGCGAUGAUGAUCAGUCGGACUUGUUGGAUGUCUCUGAUCCUGAAGCCACCGGGUCCGAAAGUGACGAUGCCGACAGUAUCUCGAACGAUAUUUCGGAGGACGCAAGCGAAGACGAUAUCGAUGAGAAGCUGGGCGACGGCCCCGAUCACUUGGAACAGGAGGAUUCCGAAUCCGAGAGCCAGAUCGAUGAAGACAUGAGCGAUGACGAUGCCUCAAUGCAUUCAACCGAGCAAGAUCCCGGUACCUACGUUGAGGAUCGGUUUGGAUUGAACGACGGAUUUUUCUCAAUCGACGACUUCAACAAACAAUCCGAACAGCUGGAAAGACAAGAUGCGAAAGGGGGCGCCGACGACGACGACGACGAUGACAGCGACGAGGAAGUGGAUUGGCAUGCAAACCCACUCCUUGCUGAAAACGCCAUGCCCGCCGCCAGAAAUGACGCCCCAAGCAAAGAACGCCGAUCGGAAGAUGACGACGACAUGGAUGGUAGCAGCGAGGAGGACGGGCCGACCUUUGGCAAUGCUGACCUAAAGGGUAACUUCGACUCUGAUGACGACGAGGAUGCCUCGCAUACCGGUGAUGCAGACGCUGCCGGCUGGAUCGACACGAGCGAUAUCAAAUACGCCGAUUUCUUUGCGCCACCCCCACGAAAGGCAUCGUCUAAGAAAUCGCGCGCACUCCCCAAGACACAACCGUCCGAAGCCAUCAUGGACGACGACGUGGAUCGCGCAAUGGCUGAUGUCCGGCGUGAUUUGUUCGACGAGUCUGAAGAAGAAGAGGAGGACGACAGGCUUGACGAGUCAGGCGAUGCGCCGAAUCAACGAUCUACCCAUGAGAAACAGAGAGCCCGGAUCGCGGACGAGAUUCGACGCCUGGAAGCGGCCAACGUGGCCAAGAAGGAUUGGAUGCUCGCCGGUGAAGCACGAGCGGUCGAGAGACCUAUGAACUCUUUAAUCGAGGAAGACCUCGACUUCGAGAGAGUUGGCAAACCGGUACCUGUUGUCACGAAUGAAACAACUGAGGAUAUCGAAGAGCUCGUCAAACGCCGGGUACUUGCCAAGGAGUUUGAUGAAGUGGUUCGCCGUCGCCCAGGCGCCUCGGAUGCACAGGUUACGCGAAAGAGCCGGUUCGAGUUGGAAGACACCAAGCCUCAGCAAAGUCUGGCGGAAAUGUACGAAACAGACCACCUACGCGCUACUGACCCGAACUACGUCGAUUCAAAAGACCGCAAAUUGAUGCGAGAGCAUGCAGAGAUCGACAGUCUCUGGAAGGACAUUAGUUCUCAGUUGGAUACUCUUUGCAACUGGCAUUACAAGCCCAAGGUGCCCCAGGCAAGCAUCAACGUUGUCACCGACGCCCCCACCAUCAUGAUGGAAGAGGCGCGCCCUACGGCUGGCAGUGCUGCCGGUGGGCCAUCGGCACUUGCACCCCACGAGAUCUACGCACCCGGCGAUGACGGUAGAGUUGCGGGAGAGAUGGUGCUUAAGACCGGCGCCACUAUUUCCAAGGACGAAAUGAGCCGCGAGGACAAAGCUCGGGCUAGACGGCACAAGAAGAGUCAGAGAAAGAACGACGGCGAGCCUACUCAGAAAACCGGCAAGAGUGCCGAGAAGCAGCAGCUCGUUUCAGAUUUGAAGAAGGGCGGUGUCAAGGUCAUCAACAAAGAGGGCCAGGUUACUGAUAUGAGUGGAGGGAAAGUUGGAGCAGGUGCAAAAACCAGCGCUGAUGCUCUGAAAUUGUGA